AUGAAUGUUGCUGUCCUGUUAUUGGCUUUUAUGAUAGGUGUUACAAAGUCAACAGAAGGACAACAACAAAAACCAGAGAAAUCACAGAAAAUAUGUGAAACACAGGAAAUUCAUGGGAAGGAAGUAUCAGGAGGUUAUUUGACAUCUCCCAAUUAUCCAUUCAGCUAUCCGUCUAAUCAGGACUGCCUUUUUAAUAUCACUGCCUCUGCAAAUUUGGUAAUUCACCUGACUUUCACUCAUUUCCAUCUGGAAGACCGUACGUUACGCUCUAAUCAAUGCCUUAAUGAUUACGUGAUCGUUACUGUGGUGGAUUAUCAGGGACGUGAACAUAUCGGUGAACGUUUCUGUGGUAAUCAACUCCCUGAACCUUUGCAUACCAUGCAAAAUUCCGUUUAUAUUCGCUUUCAUUCUUCACAUACGAACGAAUACUCAGGUUUUCGACUACGUUAUCAAUUCUUGACGGAAGAAUCAAUAUUUGAACCAGCUAGUAGUUAUUUCGACGAUGAUCUAAGAUAUCUGAGAUAUUGCGGUGGGCAUAGUAAUACAAAGACAUUCAAUGGUGAAAUACGAAGUCCUGGUUAUCCGUCAUUUUAUCCAAAAAAUGUUACUUGCAAUUGGUUAUUACGUGUGGAUCCUGGUAAAAAAAUAUAUAUACGUGUACAAUAUCUGGAAUUAUCAUCGACGAUGGCGGAAUGUGAUAAAGCAUCAGUGUAUAUAAUAGAUGGUUAUCGUCAUGACUCAACAACGGAUAUUGUUAAGAAGGAUGAUGCAAGUCAGGUGAAAUUCUGUGGCAGUCAACUUUAUUAUACGGAGGAAGGUAUGAAGUCAUAUAUGUCCACCGGAAAUCGUCUCAUCGUUCGAUUUGUAACAAAAGAUCAUCCAAGUCCAUCAUUGCUAACAAAGUAUGAGAAACAGGGUAAACCCAUUGGUUUCCGGUUAAUAUGGACUGAAGUUGAAAACAUUUUACCAGAAGGGAAUGUUUGUCCGGGCUUUGCUUGCAAAGGUGGCGAAUUAUGCAUUGAUGACGGACAGAACGUUUGCGCAAGUCGAACUCAAUUAUGCAUCGAUAAAUCACUCAUUUGUAAUGGUGUAUACAAUUGUGCUGAAAAUGAUUAUACGGAUGAAGAAGACUGCUAUUCUCAACAUAUUAUCAUAUCAAUAUGCUCAAUAAUCUUCCUCCUGAUAAUAUUCAUCAUAUCGGUGUUUCUGUGGCAACGAAAAAUUAGGCAACGUGUCGAAGAACAAAAGCGCAAACGUCUCGAAGCUGCAACAAUAGGAUCAGCCUCUUUAGCGGACAGUAAUGGAAAAAAUGCAGUCAUUUGGGAAGCAACAAGGUGUUCCUCGAUGAAUGUUGACCCUUCGUUGGACAUUCAUCACCUUCAUCCUGGACAUUAUCAGACUCACUGCCAUCAUUAUCACAGUCAGCAAAAGCAGCACGAACAACAGCAGCAAAACCAUAUAGCCCUCUCCGAGAUGAAUACUUUUCACUCAGCUUUAUUAUAA